GUGAAUUAAAAUUGAUUAACAUUAAGAAUGCUUAAGAAAUUAAAGUUAGAGAUUAAGGAUAUAGCAGAUAAAUAUCGCUCUAAUAGAAAGUAUACAAGUUUAGAAAGGGUGAAAGAAGUUGAGAAAAUAGUGCUCGUUGAAAUUAAUAAUAAAGGUGAUAGUGAAAAAGAACUGUUAUUGCUUUUAGCUCUAGAGAUUGGUCAUCCUUUAAAGGUCAGAUCAUAAGAAUUAAAAGAAGAACUAGAGAAUUUAUUGUAAAUAGUUUUAAUUGAGAUGAUUAAUUGUCUUGAAAGCUAGAAUAAAGAUGCAUGCCAAUAUUAUUAAUGUUUGGAAGCAUUAAAUGAAAAUUUAUAUACUGUAAUUGCAUACAAACUUAGAUAAUUAGUGGAAUGCUAAUAAUCAUUUAGAUUUAGAAUUCCACGAUUCGGUAAUAAUUAGAAGGUGCUUCAAAAAAAAAUAAAAUAAUUAUUAUCGAAGGAAAUCAAUCAUUCAUAUAUAUAAGAAAAGAGAGAUGCAGAAUAUGUUGAAAAUUAACGCACAUUAAAUUAAGCUAAUUAAAAAAUAAGAAAAUUAACAUAUGGCUUUAUAUUUAUUUAUGUUGGAAUUUUAUUUAAAUAAAAAAAGUGGUUUUUAUCAUUAAAUAGAAAUUAUAGAUUUGCCAUAUUUGGUUUUGUAGGUGCUGUACUUCUUUUUCAGCUAUAAUGA